CAGUCUAACCAUGAACAGGAGCAAAUGCUCCGUGGGACUGAUGUCCUCCAUGGUGGCCCCAGCUAAGGAGCCCAACACCAUGGGCCUGAAGGCAGUGGAGCUCGUCCUGGUCAAGGAGCAAAAUGGGGUGCAGCUCACGAACUCCACCCUCAUCAACCCCCCCCAGACCCCCGUGGAGGCGCAAGAGCGGGAGACCUGGAGCAAGAAGGUCGACUUCCUCCUCUCGGUGGUCGGCUUCGCGGUGGACCUGGCCAAUGUCUGGCGCUUCCCUUACCUGUGCUACAAAAACGGCGGGGGCGCCUUCCUGGUACCGUACCUGCUCUUCAUGGUCAUCGCGGGCAUGCCGCUUUUCUACAUGGAGCUGGCCCUCGGGCAGUUCAACAGGGAGGGCGCCGCCGGCGUCUGGAAGAUUUGCCCCAUCCUGAAAGGCGUGGGCUUCGCGGUCAUCCUCGUCUCGCUCUACGUCGGCUUCUUCUACAACGUCAUCAUCGCCUGGGCGCUGCACUACUUCUUCUCCUCCUUCACCACAGAGCUGCCGUGGGUCCACUGCAACAACACCUGGAACAGCCCCAGCUGCUCAGACACCCGCCCCAGCAACAGCUCGGGCCUCAACGACAGCUUCAGGACCACACCCGCCGCCGAGUACUUUGAGCGCGGCGUGUUGCACCUCCACGAGAGCCGUGGCAUUGAUGACUUGGGCCCUCCCCGGUGGCAGCUCACGUUCUGCCUGGUCCUGGUCAUCAUCCUCCUGUACUUCAGCUUGUGGAAGGGAGUGAAGACUUCUGGGAAGGUUGUGUGGAUCACAGCCACCAUGCCGUAUGUGGUCCUCUUCGCCCUGCUCCUACGAGGAAUCACUCUUCCUGGAGCCAUUGACGGCAUCCGAGCCUACCUGAGCGUUGAUUUCCAUCGGCUCUGUGAGGCAUCCGUGUGGAUCGAUGCUGCCAUCCAGAUCUGCUUUUCACUGGGCAUUGGGUUUGGGGUGCUCAUCGCCUUCUCCAGUUACAAUAAAUUCACCAACAACUGCUAUAGAGACGCCGUCAUCACCACUUCGGUCAAUGCCCUGACCAGUUUCUCCUCUGGCUUCGUGGUCUUCUCCUUCCUGGGGCACCUGGCCCAGAAGCACAGCGUGCCCAUCGGGGAAGUGGCCAAGGACGGGCCCGGGCUGAUCUUCAUCAUCUACCCGGAGGCGCUGGCCACACUCCCGCUGUCCUCGGCCUGGGCUGUGGUUUUCUUUGUCAUGCUGCUCACCCUGGGGAUCGACAGCGCCAUGGGCGGGAUGGAGUCGGUGAUCACUGGGCUCAUCGACGAGUUCCAGUUGCUGCACCGGCACCGGGAGCUCUUCACUCUCUUCAUCGUCCUGGCGACCUUCCUCCUCUCCCUGUUCUGCGUCACCAACGGCGGCAUCUACGUCUUCACACUGCUGGACCACUUUGCGGCCGGCACGUCCAUCCUCUUUGGAGUGCUCAUCGAGGCCAUUGGGGUGGCCUGGUUCUACGGCGUGCGGCAGUUCAGCGACGACAUCAAGCAGAUGACCGGGACGCGGCCCAGCCUCUACUGGCGGCUGUGCUGGAAGUUUGUCAGCCCCUGCUUCCUCCUGUUCGUGGUCGUGGUCAGCAUCGUGACAUUCAGGCCCCCACACUAUGGAGCCUACGUCUUCCCCGAGUGGGCCAACGUGCUGGGCUGGGCCAUCGCCGUGUCCUCCAUGUCCAUGGUGCCCAUCUACGCGGCCUACAAGUUCUGCAGCUUGCCCGGCUCCCUGCGGGAGAAACUGGCCUACGCCAUCACGCCCGAGAAGGAGCGCGAGCUGGUGGAAAGUGGGGAGGUGCGACAGUUCACGCUGAGACAGGCAAAGCUCCGUGGAAGCGUGGGGGCUGUGGCCUCUCCUGGUUCCCGGGAUCCCGGUCAGCUCGUGGUCACCUCGCUGUGGAACCCCUGGCCGCAGGAGAAAGCGAGCUCCUUAUGA